AUGCCAUCUAGCGACAAGCAAUUAGCAUUCUCGGUGAAAACAGCAGCAUCGCGUGAGCUGCUAAACAAAGGUACAAACAUCAUAAAUAUGUCUCAAGGCACUUCUCUGCCGCCAAAGGAUAAAGGUGCUGCUGAAGAACCUUUAAAGGCUGUGGGCACAAAACGGCUGCAUACUGAUGCUCCUUCAAGCCCUGUUUAUCAUAAUGUUUAUGUGCGGCGAAAGGUGGAAACUGAACAUAAUAAAGUGAACUCGUCUCCGGAGAUGAAGGUUAUUGGCAAGGACAAAACAAAGCAGCAGGAGGAACAGCGAAAUGUGGAAACUGAACAUAGUAAAGUGAGUUGCUCUCAAGAGUUGAAGGGUAGUGGAAGUGAGAUAACAAAAGAGCAGGGGAUACAGAGAAUGGAAACGGAACAUAGUAAAGUGAACCCUUCUCAGGAGUUGAAGGGUAGUGGAAGCGAGAAAACAAAGGAGCAGGAGGAACGGAAAGUGAAAACUGAACAUAGUAAAGUGAACCCUUCUCAAGAGUUGAAGGGUAGUGGAAGUGAGAAAACAAAAGGGCAGGAGAUACAGAAAAUGGAAACUGAGCAUAGUAGAGUGAACCCUUCUCAAGAGUUGAAGGGUAGUGGAAGCGAGAAAACAGAGGAGCAUGAGGAACAGAAAGUGAAAACUGAACAUAGUAAAGUGAGCUCUUCUAAAGAGUUGAAGGGUAAUGGAGGAGAAAAAAUAGAAGAGCAAGAGGAUCAGCAAAUGGUGCAAUGUGAUCAAGUCAGUAAGCCAGAAGUGGCACCUCCUAUUGCUGAAUCUGGAAUAAAAGAGCAGGAUGAACAACAAAUGGUGCAAGUGAAUAAGCCAGAAGUGGCACCUCCUAUUUCUGAAUCUGGAAUAAAAGAGCAGGAUGAACAGAAAACGGUGCAACAUGAUCAGGUGAAUAAGCCAGAAUUGGCGCCUCCUAUUACUGAAUCUGGAAUAAAAGGGCUGGAUGAAGAGCAAACGGUGCAACAUGAUCAGGUCAAUAAGUCAGAAAUGGCACCUAUUCCUGAACCUGGAAUAAAAGGUCAGGAUGAACAGCAAAUGGUGCAACAUGAUCAGGUCGGUAAGCCAGAAAUGGCACCUCCUAUUGCUGAAACCGGAAUAAAAGAGCAGGAGGAACAGCAAACUGUACAACAUGAUCAGAUCAAUAAGCCAGAAGUGGCACCUCCUAUCUCUGAACCUUGCAUAGAAGAGCAGGGGAAACGGCAAAUGGUACAACCAGAUCAAGUCAAUAAGCCAGAAGUGGCUCCUCCUGUUGCUGAACCUAGGAUAACAGAGCAGGAGGAACUGCAAAUGGUACAACAUGAUCAGGUCAAUAAGCCAGAAGUGGCACCUCCUGUUGCUGAACCUAUGAUAACAGAGCAGGAGGAACCGCAAAUGGUACAACAUGAUCAGGUCAAUAAGCCAGAAGUGGCACCUACUAUUGCUGAAUCUGCAGGUCUAGUCUCAUCUGAAAUGACUGAAUCUGGAGGGCUAGAGCCAUCUAAAUCUCCCGAAGAAACACAUGCAGAAACUGUACCAAAGAUAAAUGAGCUGCCGAUUGCUUCUGCUAACGAGCCACCUAUCGCUCCUAGUACCACCGUUCAAGGUGAUAUCCGUAGAUCAGGCAACCAAAAUCCUUACUGGAGUGAGAGAUAUGAUCGAUUACAGACAUAUUUGGAGAACUGUGAUCGGUCACCCCAGGAGGGUUAUAUGCGAAUGCUUAGGUCACUCUCAGCAGCGGGUCGAAGCAUGCAUGCGAUUGAGCUGGAGAAAAGGGCAAUACACCUCCUAGUGGAGGAAGGUAAAGAGCUGCAACGGAUGAAGGCUUUGAAUGUUUUGGGGAAAGUUUCUCCAAACGGUCCUUCGAAGCAGGAUCCCUUGCAGCGGUCGUGCCAGAAGUGA